CUCGAACCCAACAACAACAACAACAACAUCACUAGCAUGAUGGCUGGACUGGCUGGCAGGUGUCAGGCCAGACUCUCCUCCACAUUCUUCCUCUCACUCCUCAGAAACAAUAGUGUCAGAGGUCUUGCUGUCUCUUCAGUGGCUGGUGUUCCCAACACAAAAAAUGUAAAAGAAAUGACUGCCAGUGAGUGGAAGAAGGUGCUAACUCCAGAUCAGUAUUACGUCACACAAGAAGGUGGCACAGAGCCGCCAUUCAGUGGUGCAUAUUACGAACAUCAUGGGGAAGGUGUCUACCAAUGUGUCUGUUGUGGAUCAGACUUGUUUAGUUCUGAAGCAAAAUUUGAAUCGGGAAGUGGAUGGCCAUCUUUCUAUACUGCUGAAGGAGAAGAUGCCAGCAAAGUGGAAACUCGCACAGAUAAUUCUCAUAUGAUGGUUCGAACUGAGGCCUUGUGCAAGGAGUGCAAAGCACACUUGGGCCAUGUGUUUCCAGAUGGCCCUGAACCAACUGGACUCCGUUACUGCAUCAACUCUGCUGCCUUGAAAUUCACUCCAAAGAAAAUAACAUGAAUUUUUGUAUUUUGUAUUCGAUAAACUGCAUUCUUUCAAAGUGCCAUUUCUAAUAUUGUAUAAAAUGAUUGCAUGUGGGAGAGUGUUUUCCAGGUCUUAUGUUCUCUGUUUCAGUGACUGCAUAGACAGCGGUUUUAAUUUUUAUACUAGUUUGGUGAGUUUUAGUAUAUUUUGGCUAGGUCUUUGGGUAUUAAUCCCUAUCUGAUGUGACUGGUUAGCCAUUGGCUGUUUAGUUUCUCUUUUGUGACCUGUUCUUGGUCAUUUGCCACAUCAAAGAAAUGAAAUUCUGAAAUACAUAAUUGUUCAAUAGCUUGCAAAGUUAUUUUAAUUGAUAGUCAUUCUUUCUCCAAAUGGAUAUUUUGUUGUUUUUCCCAUUUUGGCCAGAUUUGCAGUCUCAGGCUGUUUCUGAGUUAGAGAGCUUUCAGUAUUAUUAUUAUUACAAACAAAACAACUACUAAGUCCACAAGGGUCAUACAGCAUUUAGAUCGCGUAGAAUCCACUUUAAACAUCAGGAACACUUAGACUAACUGGUGCCUUGCUGAAAGUUUCCUUUAAAGCAGUCUUUCUUUUAUUUUUCUCUUUUACUAACUUUUAACUCCAUGUUUACACACCACUUCAGGGCUGUGUGACCCAUGGAGGUUUAGCUUUUUUCUUUAUAUUAUAAUAAUCAUGAUAAGUAAUUAGGUAAUAAAAUCAAACAGUUUGAAAGUUGACUAAUAUAUUUAUCAAUAAUAUUUACACUCAAUCACACACUGUAUACCGCAACCAUACACAUUACAGACGUGUGGGGCACUGCCAGGAAGGUUUGUUUCAGAUUGUAUAUAAAUUUUUAGUUACACAAUUUCUGAAAGUAGGUCUGCAAGUAAUUGGUGAGGAAACUAGAUGGCAGACUAGACAAAGGAAGAGAUUAUGUUAGUUCACUCAAUACCUUGGCUAAUAUAAUAAAGUACAUUUUGCAGUCUCGAUCCCAAUAUUUUAUCAACAUGCAUAAAUGUAUUUCUGACAUGCACUCAAUUUCCAUUCAAACUAAAAUGAACAAGAUUUGCCUGAAUCAGUAAUCUAAUGUCAGUGAAUACAGGUAAAUCUUAUUCCUCUAUUAGAGCAAACACCCGGCAGUGCCUGAGAGUAUAAAGUUAGGAAAAAAUGGCUAAAAGGAAUAAAAAAUACCAGGGUGCAAACAAGUAUAUUCUUUGAUGGGAAUAUAAUGAUGAUAGAUCCUGAAGAUUAAAUUCCAAAGAAUAUAACAUGGCCCAAUAUACCCCACAUAAUGUUUCUAUACAAGACAGGCAGAAUGCAGUUUCAUUCUUUCACCACAGACUGACAAGUGUUGGAUGACUGGUAAAUGCACAAGCUGCAUCACAUGUAUAAGGCCACAUCUCUGAAGCAUCAAAUAAGUUCACGGUGCCUGAGCAAUAUGUCAGAUGUCAAAUCUUGUCUGGCAUUAUUAUAUAUCAGAUUAGCUUAUUUUUGCAUGUGUCUAUAGAGGUAUGUAUAUAUGCUUGCAUGUUGUCAAUGUACUACGUAAUAUGUAUAUAUAUGUACAUGGUCAGGCGUACAAAUGUGUGUGGGCAAGCAUUCACAGAAACACACACAUGGCAUAUUAUUAGGUACAAUGUCAGCUUCUAUCAAAUGAUCUCUUUGACCAGAGAAUAAAGAGUACCAUCCCUCAA